UUACUUUUUCUAACAGAAAUAAAUCAAGAAAAGUGAAACUGUAUCUUUGAAAUACCUGAUAUCUAGACAUAUUUUUUUUCUGCUACCGCUAAAAAGACUUAUGAGGUCAUGCAACUUUCACUGAGAAAAUAGGGACUCAAAGCACACUUCCUCUUCUAAUAAACCACUCCUCUUACUGGAAUGUUGUGUAAGCUGACUACCACACCCUUUUCCCUAUCGGAGUCACUGUAUAUUCAAAUGUAUUAUCAAGUGAAAUGGCGAUGGAGCUAGACCAAGAAAAGCUCUGCUGUUCCAUAUGUUUGGAUUUACUUAAGGAGCCAGUGACCAUUCCCUGUGGGCACAGCUACUGCAUGAAUUGUAUUGAAAGCCGCUGGACUGAAGAAGAACAUAAUAAAAGCUACAGCUGCCCUCACUGCAAACAGACCUUUGCACCAAAGCCAGACUUGGUGAAAAGUGCCAUGUUUGCUGAUUUGGUUGAAGCCCUGAAGAAAACAAGACUUCAGUUUGCUCCAGCUGAUCACUGCUAUGCCAAGCCUGGAGAUGUAGCCUGUGAUUUCUGCACUGACAAAAAGCUGAAAGCCCUCAAGUCGUGUUUGGUGUGCCGGAUCUCCUACUGUGAGCUCCACCUUCAGCCUCACUACGAAUCCUCUGCCUUUGAAAAGCACAAAUUGGUUGAACCGCUAAAAAAUCUACAGGAGAAAUUUUGCUCUCAUCAUGAUGAGGUGAUGAAGAUCUUUUGUCGCACUGACCAGCAGGCAAUCUGCUUUUUGUGCUCUGUUGAUGAACACAAAAAUCACGACACCGUCUCAGCUAAAGCAGAAAGAAACCAUAAGCAGAUGAAGCUUGGGGUGAGUCGGGAAAAAAUCCAGAUGAGAAUUCAGAACAGAGAAAAAGAUCUGAAAGUUCUUCAGGAGGAGAUUGAGGCCAUCAAUUUCUCUGCAGAUAAAAUAGUGAACGACAGCAAAAAGAUCUUCACAGAACUAGUUUGUCUUGUUGAGAAAAUGAGCUCUGCUUUAAAUGAACAAAUCCGAUUCCAGCAGAAAGCUGAAGUUAAUCGAGUUACAGAGUUAAAGAAGAAACUGGAGCAGGAAAUUGCUGAGUUGUGGGUGAAGGAUGCGGAACUAGAGCUGCUCUCAAAUACUGAUGACCACAUCCAGUUUCUACUUAAUUACCCUUCACUGUCACAUUUAAGUGAGUCCACAGACUUGCCCAGCUUAGAUGUCCAUCCUCCCCUGUACUUUGAGCAUGUGACAGAGGCUUUGUCAGAGAUCAGAGGUAAGCUGGAAAAUGUUCUAAAUGAGGAAUGGCCAAAAAUCUCACUAAAAGUGACUGAAGUGGAUGUUUUACUGCCAAUCCCAGAGCCAGAGACAAGAGAAGAAUUCCUACAAUAUUCUCGUAAAAUCACGUUGGAUCCCCAGACUAUCAACCCGUGGAUAUCAUUAUCUGAAGGCAACACAAAAGCAACAGUGAUGAGAGAAAAGCAAAUAUAUGACUGUCACCCAGACAGAUUCACUCACUGGCUUCAAGGCCUCAGCAAUGAGAGUCUGACUGGACGUUGUUACUGGGAGGUUGAGAGAAGCGGUGGGGGAAUUUUAGUAGCUGUUGCAUACAAGGACAUUAGCAGAACUGGGGAUGAGAGUGGAUUUGGAAACAACGACAAGUCUUGGGCAUUAGGAUGUUUUGACUUUAAUUACUAUUUCAGACAUAACAAUAUGAAAACUUUACUCUCAGGCUCUCAGAUGCCCAAAAUAGGGGUGUUCCUGGAUCACAGGGCCGGUACACUGUCAUUCUACGGCAUUUCUGAAGAAAUGAUUCUCCUUCACAAAGUCCAAACCAAAUUCAGUCAGCCGCUAUAUGCUGGAGUCUCGGUUUACUGGGCUGGAGACACUGCUAAGUUGUGUAAACUAAAGUCAACUUGGUCAAAAGAGGUUGAUGGAUAAGAUACUGCUUUUAAUUACGUGAAAAAAGGAGAUUUGACCUGUGCAUUGCAUUCUGUAACCCCUUAAUGCCUAUUAUAUCAUAUUGACACUGAGUUUUUUGGGGGGUGUUACUCCUCACUUUGUUCUGGUCACUUUUUAAAUCCAGUGUAAAAACAAAAGGUUAGUAUAAAUGUAUCGAUGAUGUCAAAUACUGAAGGUCAAUAUUAUGUUGUAAGCAGUGAUACCCUCAGGCUUUAUGUUUAUGAGUGAUGCUUCUUUGGUAUUAAGUCAGUGAAAAGAUUAGAAUAAAUAUUUCACAUACUGUAACAUUUUCUAUUAUUCCCAAAACCUUUAAGCCUCACUUUCAAGUACGGUUAAUGGUCAGACUACAAGCUGUUAUUAACACACAUUUGAUUAUAACAAGGUUAUACUGCCACGGAUAUGUCUACAUACAUAUUUUUAUAUUUAGAUGAUUUUCUUAGCUUAAUGUAGGAGUAUAAUUAGAAAUGACGUAUCAUGUAUGGUUUUAUUGAGAUAGAUUUUCUGGCGAUGACACCAUCCGUUAUCAAGAAAAUAAAAUUUAGAGAAAAAAAAUUAAAAAUUGUUUACUAACCUGUCUCCUGAGCAAACAACAGCGGAAAAGUCAUCAACAGCACCACUGAAAAGCCAGUAAACCAUGACAUUGUAGAUAAGAUACAACAGCAGGAAUCACCAAAGAUGAACACGAGGACCACACCACAAAUGGCAGACUAGGUUAUAGGUUUCACAUAAGAUGCAUGAACACCACUGGCUGCAAUGUGUGAGUGUGUUUGCAGAUGCGUGGGUGGAGGAUAUGCAACUC